UAUUUAUAUUUAUUUAUUUUCAAGGGUAAAACAUGUGACGGUAUUACUAGCGGAGUCGGAGCGGGAAUGCGCCCGAAUGUCGCAGCUAAGCGAUCUGCUCAAGUCGGAGUUGCGGCGCGUGCGCGGGUCGUCGCAGAAUGCGCACAACACGGAGUAUAUGAAGAACGUCACUUUGAAGUUUUUAACACUGCCACCGGGAGAUGAGCGAAGCCGGCUCGUUCCUGUCUUGCAAAAGAUUCUUACACUCUCCUCCGAAGAAAUGCAAAAAAUACAAGCUGUUGCCAAGGGACACGAUCCAAAUCCAAGCAAGAGUUGGGGCAGUUACUUACCAUGGCCAGGUGGCAAAUAAAGGACCUUGCAUUCCAGAAAAGCAAUAAAAUUAUCUGUGAUGAAAUAUAUUAAUUGGCUCUUACAUAAAUAUUUUAAUGGGAAAUUUUGUAACAUUUUUAUAAUUACAUCAAUUAAUUUGUAUAAUGACAUGUAAUUAGUACUAUAAUUAUAAAUUAUACAGGAUUAUUAUAAGCUUAAUUUGAAAUACAUUUAUUUAAUAAAUACUAGUUUAGUGUUAAUUGCAAUGUUAUAUUUAGUAUGGGUCUUUAGUAAUAGACUUACAUUUUUGAUCGUACAUACACAUUAAAAUUAAUAUUAAAAAUGUACAACAGGUUGACAAAGCAUAAAAUGUAACAUGGUUGUACAAACUAUGGUGUUGAUUUGUUUAUUUCUAUACUUUAAUAUGUUAGCCGCUCGUUCCUACUCCACCCGGUCGACCCGGGAUAAAAUCAAAAUCAAAUAAAGCAUGUCACUCAGAAAUAUUGUAGCUUUUUGCUAGUCAAAGAAUUCGAAGCUAAUACGUUUCAAACAAACAAACAGACAAUCGAGUAUUUAUUCUUUAUAAUAUUAGUGUUACUUAGCUGAUUGUAAUAAUAUAGUUU